AUGACCUUAAAUUGUGAAUACGAUGAGUUAAAUCUCGAUGAAGCCUGUGUAACAGUGAACAAUGAAGUUAAUAAUCCAAAUCUCUGGUUAUACACGCUGUCAUCCGAUUGUGCACUGUGUCCUUACACUAGGAUAGCCGAAAUAACACCAGUUCGAGCGUUAAACAUUACAAUAAACACUGCGAGAGAGCAGCUAUGGAGGAUUAUUGAAACCGAUGGAAGCGAAAAAUACAUUUCCGCUGCGCAGGAAGAAGGAGUUUAUUGUCAGCUGAAACCUAAUGUGGAACAAUAUGGGAUUUACGAGCUGGUUGUUGAUCAAAAUAGUACUUGUAAUCUGGUGAAUUAUAGAGAGCCGAUAAACCAAUAUGUUACACUGGCAAUUGCAUUUGGAUCAAUUAUCUUGCUACUCGUUGGCUUGUCCAUCUUAAAGCGGAUUCGACGCUCGAUACAUGAAGCAAAUAUAACAGCACAAAGUGCACCUGUCAAACAAAGAAUUCGUUCGCUCGACACCGUCAGAGGAAUUUGUAUCGUGCUGAUGAUUUUUGUAAAUGGUGGAGCUGGCAGUUACGUGAUCCUCGGGCAUGUAACUUGGGAUGGGCUAUACAUUGGAGACUUGGUGUUCCCAUGUUUCCUGUGGAUUAUGGGUGUAUGUAUUCCAUUAUCCGUUUCGUCUCAACUAUCUCGUGGGACAACGCGCCGUCAACUCUUGUGGGCUAUCGUUAAGCGCAGCUUCUAUUUAUUCUUCAUAGGUCUCUCUCUCAAUACUCUCAAUGGAAAUAUGCAACUCGAGCGUAUUCGGAUUUUCGGGGUACUGCAGCGUUUCAGUGUCUGUUAUUUCGUAACCGCAAGCGUAUACACCUUGGCUUUACGGAUAGACAAACAACCCUUCAAGGAUUCUGUUAUACGGGAUGUACUCAUAUUAAUGCCGCAAUGGGUUGUGGCUUUCAUCGUUCUUGCUAUUUACUGUGCUAUUGCCUUCAGUUUGCCUGUACCUGGUUGCUCAAAAGGUUACUUCGGUCCUGGUGGUCGCCACGAGAACGGUAAGUACUUAAACUGCACCGGUGGGGCUACAGGUUACGUCGACAAAAUUAUACUGGGCGUCGACCACAUUUAUCAGCAUACUACUGCUGAUGGCGUUUACGGAUCUGGUCCUUUCGAUCCCGAAGGAGUGUUGGGCUCGCUUACCUCGAUAUUCCAAGUGUUCCUGGGCAUCCAAGCAGGCCAGACACUUCGAGAUUUCACGAGAUGGAAGGAGCGGUUUAUACGUUGGCUCAGUUGGGCAUUGAUACUUGGCCUCUUUGGCGUUGCUUUGCACAUUUUUGGCAAUGUUCCUAUUAAUAAAAAUUUAUGGUCAAUAUCCUUCGUUAUGGUAACCACGUGCUUUUCGCUUGGAUUGCUCAUGGUCUGCUAUCUACUGGUCGAUGUGGUCACCGUGUGGGAGGGUGGCCCAUUCAGGAUUCCGGGUAUGAACGCUUUAGUGAUGUAUGUGGGACAUCAGGUCUGCUACCAAAUGUUUCCGUUCCAUUGGAAAAUCGCUAAGAUGAACACGCACGGCUGGCUACUUGCUGAAUGUUUAUGGUGUGUUGCGUUGUGGACUUGCAUAGCUUACGUGCUUCAUCGGAAAAAAAUUUAUGUGACACUAUAAAAAAUAAAGAACAAGAAUGCA